UUUUCAGUUAUCUGUGAUCCUAGUUCUGAGGCUACAGUUAACUCUACAACACAUGACUUUGUCCACACCGAUAUUUUCUAUGAGGUUUGGGAUAUUAACAGAACUGUUCCACUGUUUCUUCUUAUCGUCAUCUUUCCUUUGAUCAACUUGAAAUCGCCUACUUUCUUCAGCAAAUUUAAUGCUCUUGGAACUUUAGCUGUGUUUUACCUCAUAAGCUUUGCUGUUGUCAAAUCAGCACAGUGGGGAAUACACUUUGAUCUGUAUCAUUCAACCAGUUCUGAUUUUGUAUCAUUGUAUCUUCCAUCAUUUCCUGCACUAUCUGGAGUAUCGUCAAUGGCGUUUUUCAUUCACAACUGUAUUUUGUCCCUUUGUCGAAACCAGAAGAAUCCAGAAAAUAAUGUUCGAGAUUUAAUUAUAGCAUAUAUUCUGGUGUGUUUGACCUAUUUCCUGAUUGGAUUCUUGAUCUACGUUUCCUUCCCACUGAAGAAACUGUGUAUUGCUGAGAACAUUUUGAACAACUUCAGUAGUUCUGACUUGAUGGCCUUCUUGACUCGAGUAUUUCUACUAUUCCAAGUACUUACACUCUUUCCACUGAUUCUUUAUAUACUGAGAAUCCAGUCAAUGCAUUUCUUGUUUGGGUCAAUUUAUCCAGGGUUCAAGCAUGUUGUAAUUUUGAAUAGUUUCCUUGUGCUUAUCUGUAUUUUGUUUGCUGUUUUCUUUCCUCACAUUGGAACCAUCAUCAGGUUUUCUGGUGCCAUUUCGGCUCUGUCAUACGUCUUUACCCUCCCUUGCAUUACUUACCUUAAGGCUCAGAAGAAUAGAGGAAACUUGACAACUACUACUAUCGUGUUACAUGGUUUUCUGAUUUGUUUAGGAAUAGUGAAUUUUAUAGCUCAAUUCUUUGUUGAAAUGUAACAAUCCACGUGAUGACAUCAUCUGUUUCUAAGGUAUCAUUUUAAAGUAUUACGUAAUGAAAACCUUAGCAAGCCAGAAAGAUGUACAUCUGAGAUUUUUCUGGUAUUUUUGUUUGACAAGAGGAAUGUAUUUAGUGCAGUCGCUCCAGAUUACAUCACAUAGAUAUUUGUUACACAACAUGUAUAACAUGCAUGCUACUAACACUCCACCAUAUACUUAAUAAGCGUGUAAUAAGGUGUAAGUUUAAUUUUUUUGUAUUGUUCUCAAGUGAAACUAUACAACAUUUUAGCCCAAGUUAAACUUUAGUAAUUUUAAGAAAAUAUUCACAAAAAAAUCAUAAUUUACAGUUCUAAAAAAGAGUUCAAAAGAUAAAAUAUAAUUAUUUCUAAUUGACCAAAUGGAUGAAUUUGUUUUCAUCACUACAGUCAUCAGUGAAUGAUAAUAUGCUUUAAAAAUAAAUGCUAUAUUUGAAGAGAAAGUCAAGCCACAAUGUAACAAUUAGCAGCUGAUAAAAGAAGGAGAAUCCGCUAACUCUUUCCUGCCCAGCACAGUGAUCCAUAGAUCAAAAAGGAGUGUUGUCCACAAUCAAUCAAUAUCCUGGCUGUUACCCAGAGUGAGUGUGUGUUAAAAAAAGAUUGUGUGAAAAAACUGACACAAAAGUUGAUUUAUGUAGCAAACAAGUCAGUAAGAUUGUAUUUAAAUACUAAUUAGUAAGGAAAUUAUUAAUUACAUAAGCAAUCAUUAGUUAUUUCAUCAACAAAAGUCCAGGAUUAAACACAUUUAGUACUACAUUAAAAAUUCUCAUAUUUUUAUUCUUCACUUGUUUUGGGUAAUUGAAUGAUUUUCCUAAAUCUAAAGCAACAAGAUACCAAAGACUUAAGCUCAAGUAUAUUUUUAAAUUAUGUCUGAAUGCAAAAAAAACACUAUAUGUAUACAGUAAAUUAAUUUCAGUAAUAUAUUUACAGUUGUUACAUUGUAUUGUACUGGGAGCUAACUAAUGAUGUCCUGGACCAUGUAUUAUUAUGGAAUAUUUUUUUCUUUCAAUAAUAAAAGAGCUUUUUGAAUAUGUAAUGUGGUUUAAACUGGGUUUUGGUUGUAGCAGAAUCAUUAUACUUAAGCUUAUAAGGCACAAUGGGAAAACUGUAACCCUUCCAGAGUACAAUGGUAUCGAACCUCGGUGAGUUAAUCAGACCCUAAGAGACACAAAUUUUACUAAAAAUUGUUUUUCUUUAAAGUUGUUUUUUAAACUAGAGAAAUGAAAACAACAUAAUUAAAAGUACAAGGAUGGAUCUGUUGGCUCAUUUAAGCUGUCUCAAUUACAGAAAUAACACAAAACUCAAAGCCAGUCCUUACCAUAUACGUACAUACACACUCACAGAGCACAAAACUAUGUGUCUGUAACCCAACUUCGUGGGUUGAUAGUCUGGAAAGGGGGACAUGUUAAUCGGAGGUUCAUAAACCCCCUCCACCCCACCCCCUAUUAUUGAUAUUAUUGAGCAUUUAUUGUCACUGAUAUAAGAAGAUAACAUUAAAUACAUUCAUAGAUGGGGCCACGUUCGUAUACCAAACAAUAAAACUUAAAUAUUUUAUAACAUACACACAGUGUGGGGGAGGAAUGGAAUGAAAAAAAUUGCUGCCACUAUUCCAAUGAUACAUAAAUUCAAAUGAAGUUUAUAUUCCAACAGCCACCAUAAUUCUAAUAAGGGCCAUAUCUUGAGUUAUACCCACUUCCUACUUUGACCUGUGGCCAGUGACCAUCACGUAAUUAAUAAUGUGAAACAGUGUGGAAAGACAAUAAGAACUGGUGUCGAAAGUGAGUAACAGAAAGCACUCCUACUGCCACUACCUCUUCGUAUAAAGUCGCCCUGACCAUUGCACAAUGUAUACCAUGUUUUAAGUAUAUAGAUAGUAAGUUUUUAAAGCUUGUACAAAACUUUGAGUGAUGUAACAAUGAAUACUGUAAUAAUAUGUUAUAAAUAAAUUGCGUGAAAGUUA